UGAGCCGUGCAGUCUCGUCGGUCAGCUGUUGUGUUGUGAAACAUUGCACUAUUUCACGGUGUGUGCUGCGUUUUUCUUCCUCUGCUCGGCUGACCUUUCAUGCCCUGUGUAGUCGUGACGUCACUGGGACGUUGUCACCGCUGAGGCACGUUCAUGGUUGUUUCACCUGCGCGCGGCUGAGGCAGCAGCAGCUAGCUAAGGUCGCACUGAAGCUCAGCCGUCAGUGCAAACAUGAACACGUUGGUGACCAAAUUAGACCACAAAUGGAUCAGUUUCACCUUCAGACAACCUUGGAUAACAGCCAUGGCAGCCUCCAAGCUCUCCACACUUCCUCCAGAACCUGUCAUCCCCUCUAAGAAGCCUUUCAAAGUGGAGCUGGUUGGUGGAAAGCGUUACUCAUGGUGCACCUGUGGACACAGCAAGAAACAGCCUUUCUGCGAUGGAGCCCACAAAAGCAAAGCCCAGGGCCUGUCCCCGCUACGGUUUGUCCCGGAGAAAGACGGCACGGUUUGGUUGUGCGGUUGCAAGUACACAAACAGCCCACCUUACUGUGAUGGCACGCACAAGCAGGACUUCAUUGUAUCCGCCCCGCUACAUGAACAAACCAGCUCUUCCUGAGUACCUCAGAGAGGUCUUUGAACUGAACAUUAAUGUUGCUGUUGCAUCCACAUUUUUGUAAAUCAGCGCACUGGAUGAAAGCAGAGAACGUAAACUGAUCGUGGAUGGCAAGUGUUUGAUUCUUGUGUCUUGUCAAUAUUUCUCUCUGCUUGGCAGAAAAGGAGAGGUCCUUGUUUCUGUCUUAUCUGGGAGAGAUGUUGCAAUACUGAAAUACCACCAGAGGUGUAAAUGGUGGAGAUUUUACCAUUUUACCAGGGGUAUCGAAAAUAUCUCUAGUUUUAGGAGGCCAUUGUGGGCAGUGUUGCAAAGACAUAAACAGUACUGGAAGUUGAAUGUAACAGUAUUAUGGCUAAGAUUGUUUAGAGAACAGUGUUACAGGACAAAGCCGUCUGCAUAUAUCUUUUACUCUGUGAAGUGUGUUCAUGAAGGAAUGUAUAAUUUCAUUCCAUAGAGUCAGUGAGAAGGUGUGAUGGUGCUGAGUCUCCUACAAUCCCUCCAUAAAGGAGCUAUCUGUCAGGAUCACAGAGUAAGCCUCUUCUCCAUACUGUGUCUACAUAUUGUCUUACCUUUUAACUUUAGGGAGAUUAGAUAGAUAGAUAUUUAUAUGCUUUUGAAGUAAAGAAAAGUAAACAGCAGUCAGGUUGACUUCAGUGUCUACAAUAGUGCUGUCAAAUAAUUGAAUAAAACCAAACUCAAACUGAACAAACUGAUCUGGGCAAUCUGUUGAGAGAAGAGUAGUGUCUGGUAAUAUUAUACACAAACUUUCCUCUGAAAGACACGGCCCUGUGUAGCAUUGAAAUUGUGAUGUACUGAGUGCAGAAAUGUUUGAGGGAUUCUGGAGAAAAACAUUUUAUCAUGUCGACGUAUGGACCUCUAGAUAGGACCUGGAUAGAAGACGCACCAACUUCAUGUAUCGUCCACCAGGUGGCUUUGCACAUGAGCUACUGACACUUGGCUGCACAUGUACACACAGGGAGGGCACAAUUGACCUGUCCCCAGAGAUGGUAACUCUGCCUUUCAUCACCAACACUACCACUGUUUCACAUUCAUCCUGGUAAAGUGAACGGUGAGGGAGUCUCACCGGUUCAUCUGUGUUGGCUGUCAUUAAAUUUGUCAUAGUUCUAUCAUCCUAAGAGAAGAGAGGUAGGCUGAAUGCCUAAUUAACAAA